UGAAGAGCGGCGGAGCAACCAAUUAGGAACCACGUUACAUCCGCCUGGUCUCCGUGCCGCACGCGCUGAUUGGUCGGUCGGCCGACCGUAUACCAUCGGUCACUUCGCUCCGUCCUAGCGGCCAUCAUAAACGCCACAACGAACGCGAUCGCCGGAAUGAGCGGUGCUUUCGUCGGUUUGAAUGAACGCGGUCGCGAGUGUGUUAACGUCGACGUCGUUAGUGAUUCAAUUCUCGAUUUCGUCUCAGCUGCAACAGUCGGCAUUUACUUCAAGUUCUUCCAAUCUCACUUUUUCCUUCCGUUUCCCGUGAAUCGUGAAUCGUGAGAAGCGUCGCGGCACGCACGCCGCACGUGCGUGACGUGAUCGUACGGCUUACGAAGAUGGAGGUCGUGCGGAAGGUGCACUACGACGCGUGCGACAUGCAGAACGGCGAACUUACCUGGAGCUGCGGCGGCACCGGUGAUGCCGACGACAACAGCCCCGAAUGCGACAUCCUCGACUCCUCGGUCGACGACUUCGACUCGCCGCCGCCACUGCAACCGCGCAAGCUGUUCGACGCGACGGACUGCAACGAUGACGAGGGCCAGCCGAUGAAUAACAACAACAAAAUUCCGAUCUUCGUUACAGGUACUCCAGCCAUCAAGGCUCCCAUUAGUCGUGAAAGUGUUUUUCACAAAAGUUCAAUGGGGUGUAGUCCACCCUACAAACGUGUUAGGGCAUUACGUCUAUUCGAUUCGCCUACUACCCCUAAAACUUUGAUAGAGAAGAGCGUGUUACAAACUCCGAUACCUCCAAGAUGUUCUAGAUUUUUUACUCUAGAAAAACCUAAACCUUCUAAGAUAAGCCCCAGUUACCAGAAUAAGUUCGAAAAACCUGCCGCGAAUGUAAAUCCAUUCACACCUACUGGCAUGUUAAUAACAGCAAAGAAAAGAAGCAGAUCUAAACGUAGUCUCAAUGGUAGUAAUAGUAGUUCACCGGAUAUGCAAGUACCAAAGUUUGACCUCGUUGACUCCGAAGAUUCCGACAACGAAUAUGAACACGUGACGAAACGUGUAGCACUGCAGGAUUCGAAUAUAUCGCGUUAUCAUAAGGAGUUCCACGAGCUCGGCUUGAUCGGGAUCGGUGAAUUCGGCUCCGUGUACAAAUGCAUCAACCGGUUGGAUGGAUGUACAUAUGCCAUCAAGAAGAGCAUCAAACCCGUAGCUGGCAGCAUUAAUGAAAAGAACGCGUUGAAUGAGGUGUACGCGCACGCUGUGCUCGGCAAACAUCAGCAUGUGGUCCGUUAUUACUCCGCUUGGGCGGAAGACAAUCAUAUGAUCAUCCAAAACGAAUACUGCAACGGUGGUAGUCUCGCAGACACGAUCCUCUUAAUGCAAAAACAGAAGCAGUGCUUUAGCCAGGCUGAGAUGCGCCAAUUGCUAUUGCAUGUGGCUGAAGGACUGAGGUAUAUACACAGCAUGCAGCUUGUGCACAUGGACAUCAAGCCCGGCAACAUUUUCAUCACCAAGGAAAAGAAAUUGCGCGCCAUCAACUAUGACUCCGCAGAUGACGGUUUUGACGAUGAGGAAAACAUCGACGAGGAAAUCACAUACAAAAUUGGUGAUCUCGGCCAUGUCACAUCUAUCAACAAUCCGCAGGUGGAAGAAGGCGAUUGCAGAUACCUUACAACAGAAAUUCUGCAGGAAGAUUUCAAUCAUCUACCGAAGGCCGAUAUUUUUGCCUUAGGAUUAACCGUUUACGAGGCGGGUGGCGGUGGACUUCUACCGAAAAACGGGCCCAUGUGGCAUGACAUUAGACAGGGGAAAUUACCAGACUUGCCACACUGCAGUCGCGAUUUGAAUAACUUAUUGAAGCUGAUGAUUCACCCUAACCCGGAAAUGAGGCCAUCAGCGAUGUCUUUGAUGCAACACCGAGUCUUAUGUCCGAUCGGAAAGAAGACCAAAGCGCAAUUACGAAGAGAAUUGAACGCUGAAAAACUCAAGAAUGAAAUCUUAUCAAAACGACUCCAUGACGCAGCAAUGUGCCUGAAAUCCAUCGCACCGAACGUUGUAAUCGAGGGUGGUAAUAGCGAUCGACAAUUGCGACCGAUAGCCAGCAGAUUAUCGUCAUCUCGUGUUAUAGGCAAAAAAGUUAAUCGUAGUAAUAGCACUACGAACUUUUGAAUCAAUUCGUUAAAAUUUUGACACCGGUAAAAUUUCGAAAGGUCGAACUUAAGGAAGCGAUCGAUUUCCUGAAGUCACCUUAACAUGUGUGAUACCGUAUCUAGUUUUUUUUUAAGUACGAUUGCCCAGUAAAAUAAGAAACGUUUACACAAUAGAAUGCUGAAUGAAAUUACAUACGAUUGUAAAUGAGCAUUCUCCCCUAUGAUGAUUUUCCUAAUACGAUUGAUGUUUAUUAUAUAGCUGUAAACAACGUAUAAUAUCUUACAAUUAGUAUCCUUAUUAUACUAUGAUAUGGUUGUGUAUUUUUUUGAAUUGUUAUCGAAAACGAAAUUUGUUAGUAUACGAGUGUGUGUAGCAAGCAAAUAAGUUUACGAUUAAUUUCUGGAAUAACACUGAGGGAGCAAAGUUUGGUUUAAUUUAAAGUAUAAUUUACAUUCACACACAAAUGUGACAAGAUUAAUAUUAAAAUGGAGUUGGUUAGUAUAAAAUUUUUUCUAAAUUAUGAAAUGAAACUGCAUUCUAGCAGGCUAAUUUUAUGUAGUAAGAGAGUUUUUGAGACCACUCAAUGUUCUUUCAUGUUUCAAUGUUAGUAGAAUCUCUUGCACUUCUCGAUUCUUUCAUUACAUACUGGACUCUAAAACUUUUCUUAUUUUGAUAAAAGGUUUUGAUUUAAAACGAUUUAUUAUAUCUCGGUAUGCAGUGCAUGCGGAGUGUAAUAAGUAAAAAUCGCAUGUAAGCGAAAUGAAAUAACUAUUGCGACUUUUACAAUUUUUG